CUCCUCUAUUCUUUCUGUUAGUAAAGAAGUCAGCGCUUGUCUCAGUGUCAGGAAACAUAUUUCUUUUUUGUUUGGUCAGCCGGAUUUUAUAGCAAGUGAAUCAGCGUCUCUCUCUGUCGAGAAGUCAACUCAGUAAACUCAACUUACUGUGGGAAAACAUUUACUGAAGUAGACUUAGACUAAAACCUAAGAAAGGCAUCAACCCCAACACUCAAAGGAUGGCUCCCAAGAAGAAGGCCUCCCGUCAGAAGAAGCCUGUCGUGGAAACCAUUUCUCAGGUCGCCCCGGAGACCACCCCGACCCCGCUGAAGGUGGAGAGCCUCGGGGAUGGUGUGGUGGUGGUGGAGGGCGGGGUGAAGAAGAUCGAGCAGAUGGCGGCGCUGGACAUCGCUCAGCUGAACAGCCUCAACCUGCCGCUGCCGCCGCCCGUCAUCAAGCCCGGAGAGAGAGGCCUGGGCCUGGGCAGCGAACUGACACGACCCCUGCACGGCAACGUCCUGCUGGAGGAGCUCAGCAAGAUGCGCCAGGAGAAGUUCCUGACCGACUUGGAGUUGGCCUGUAAGACAAAGGCCUUUGACGUCCACAAGCUGGUCAUCUCUUCGAUCAGUCAGUACUUCAGGGAGAUUCUGGCCAAAGAUCCCGGCAUGAAGCGCCUGGAGCUGCCCUCCCUCUCACCUCUGGGCCUGGCCAACGUCAUCACCUUCGCCUAUCUGGGUCGCGUCCACAUGUCCCUCUACACCAUCGGCUGCACCGUCUCCGCCGCCGCCACCCUGCAGAUCCCCCAGCUCCUCAAGAUGUGCAUGGACUUCCUGCUGGCCGAGCUCAACGUCCAGACCUGCGUCUACAUCUGGAACAUCGCCGCCGCCUACGGCCUGCUGCCCGUGUGCGACGCCGCCCGCCGCUUCGUCCUGGAGAACUUCGUGCAGUUCGCGGAGACGCCACUGUUCACCCAGCUGACCCUGGAGCAGAUCUCUGCCUUCCUUCAGGACGACUCGCUGGUGUUGCCCUCUGAGGUCACGGCCUUCCAGCUGGCCAUGAGGUGGCUCGACUUCGACGCCUCCCGUCAGGCCCACGCCGCCGAGCUCCUCACCCACGUUCGCUUCGAGACGAUCCCGGCCAGCGAGCUGGUGAGUCAGAUCCAGCCGGCGCCCCGCAUGAUGCUGGACCCUCAGUGCCACCGCCUGCUGGUGGACGCCAUGAACUACCACCUGCUGCCCUACAAGCAGAACACGCUGCAGUCGCGACGCACGCAGGUCCGCGCCGGCCAGCAGACUCUGCUCACCGUCGGAGGCCGCCCGUCGCUCACCGAGAGGGCCCUCAGCCGUGAGGUGCUGUGGAGGGACCCUCGUGAGGGCGGGGCCAGCUGGCGUCACCUCACGCAGCUGCCGGCCAAGAGCUUCAACCAGUGUGUGGCGGUGAUGGACGGCUUCCUGUACGUGGCCGGAGGAGAGGACCAGAACGACGCCCGCAACCAGGCCAAGCACGCCGUCAGCACCCUCAGCAGAUACGACCCUCGCUUCAACACCUGGCUCCACCUGGCCAGCAUGCGUCAGCGCCGCACCCACUUCUCCCUGGCCGCCAGCGGCGGCCGGCUGUUCGCCAUCGGCGGCCGCAACGUGGAGGGUCUGCUGGCCACCACCGAGAGCUACCUGCCCUCCUCCAACACCUGGCAGAUGCGUGCGCCCAUGGAGGUGCCCCGCUGCUGCCACUCCAGCGCCACCCUGCCCUCUGGAGACAUCCUGGUGACCGGUGGCUACAUCAACUGCGCCUACUCCCGCUCAGUGGCGUGCUACAACGUGGAGACCGAUACCUGGGCCGAGAAGGCCUCCAUGGAGACUCCCCGUGGCUGGCACUGCUCCGCCAGCGUCGAAGGGAAGGUGUACGUGGUGGGAGGAAGCCAGCUGGGACCCGGUGGAGAGAGGGUGGACGUGCUCUCUGUGGAGGUCUUCUCUCCGGAGAGCGGAGCGUGGAGCCGUGCCGCCCCUCUCAAGCUCGGUGUGAGCACCGCCGGCCUGUCCCCACUGGCCAACAAGCUGUACCUGCUGGGAGGCUGGAACGAGGGAGAGAAGCGCUACAAGGCGGCCGUCCAGAGGUACGACCCGGCCACUGACAGCUGGUCCAUGGCCGAGGAUCUGCCCGAGCCCACGGUGGGGGUGUCCUGCUGCACCCUGACCCUGCCGCCCCGCCACGCACCGCGCCGGCAGCAGCACCGCAACACCCCGGCCUACGAAGAGCAGCAGCAGGCCGGGAAGAACCGGAGCAGAGAGAGCAGCGCGGCCCCAUCACAAACCAUCACAGCAUAGAGACACAUGAAAAAGGGAGAGGUGGUUUAACCUCAGGAGAACAUCUGGAUUAGGGCUGCAACCUCUGAAUAUUUUUCAUUAUUGAUUAAUCUGGAUUCAUUUUUCAACCAGUAGUUUAAUCGUUUGGUCUAUAAAAUGUCAAAAAAAAAUGUGUAAAAAUACCCAAAGUGACC